CGAGCCUCCAGCUACGUGUAAUCCUUUUGGCACGCUGUGUUGGGAAGCAACAUGGCCGAUGUUCGCUCUAUGCUCAGGGCGGAGCGGGUAAGCAGGCGAAUUACACAUCCGAAUGCCUCAUACACUGGUGAUGGGAAACUGCUCUGUAACCUGUGCGAAACUCUGGUCAAGUCCGAAGCAUCAUGGCAGAGCCAUCUGCAUUCGACCGGCCACGCACUACGUGCAAGCAGACAGCGUGAUGUAGCAGCGAAGUGGACUCUACCCCAGAGGUAAAGCCUUCAGACAACGAGCACAUGCCGGAAGAAGCAGCCCUACCCUUGGCCGAGAC